AUGACUAUCAAAGCACUAAAAGAGAACGAUAUCAAUGAUAUGAUUCUAAAUUUAAUGGAAAAAAAGAAAAAAGAAACAUUACCAAAGAAAACUAAAUGUAGAAAUAAUAAAAAAGAAAACCUAGAUAAAAUUAAAAUAAAAAGUAAUUUAAAUAUUUUUUUUAAAGAACAAGAGGAGGUUUAUAAAAAUGAAGAAAUUAACACAAUAGACUAUAUACAGAAAGAAGCAAAAAAUAAAGAAAAAGAAUUGAAUGAUUAUUACAUAUAUUGCCAAAAUUUUAAAAAAAAAUAUAAAAAUAAUUUUAAUGAUAUAAUUAAGCAAUCUGAGGAAAUCAAAAAAGAUCUGAAAGAUUUACAUAUUGAAUAUUUAGACAAUAAAAUACUUAUAGAAAAUAAGAGGAAAAUGGAAUUAGAAAGUAUGUCCAAUUUUUAUAAGGAAAAAUUAUUAGAAGUUAAAAGACAGUGGGAUAAUAAAACUUUUUGUGAUGAAAAUUUAAAAAAUAUUGUUUACGAUAUAUUAAAUGUAAUAAAUUAA